AAAUCCUAAAGUAAUAUGGAGUGCAACGAAACUCUACUUAAAGCAUCACAACUGUAUGCUUUCUUCUUAUUCUUCUUAUUUCACGCUUCUUCCCUCUCCACCCAUUCCCAAAACCAGAGAAUUCACACAUUAUGUUAAAAAAAAAUCUCCAUUAACAAACCUUCUACGUGUGUGUAUAUAUAUAUAUCAUGAUUCAUGCAGGCAUGAAGAUAAAUCUCCAGAAACUACCCUUCGCUCUCAAGCCUUUUCUCCUUUCCCUUUUUCUUUCUCUUUCCUUCUUAGCAUUCCUUUCCUUUCAAACUCCACCUCACUCUCUUCACAAACCCGCUGUAUCACUUCCACCGGACCUCCGAAUCCGACCCGGAUAUUCAUCCUACGAUGCCUACAUCAAUCGUCAGCUCAACAAAACGCUCAACCCGAAACUCCGAAAAUUCUGGACUACCCGAGAUUGGGACCGAAAGGUUCGGGUUUUCUCCGAAUUCUUCGACAAUUUGAAGGUUCGAGGUUUCUUAUCUAACGAUUCAAAAGCGCUUUGCGUCGGGGCACGGGUCGGGCAGGAAGUAGCGGCAUUGAAACGGGUUGGAGUUAACGAUUCAAUCGGUAUUGAUCUGGUGCCGUAUCCUCCGUUAGUAAUCAAAGGUGAUUUUCAUCGUCAGUCGUUUGAUGAUCGGAGUUUCGACUUAGAAUUCUCUAAUGUAUUUGAUCAUGCACUUUAUCCAUGGAAGUUCGUCGGAGAAAUUGAACGGACGUUGAAGCCCAGGGGAAUUUGUGUGUUACACGUGUCAUUAUCUAGACGGGCUGAUAAAUAUUCAGCUAAUGAUUUGUACAGUGUGGACCCACUUAAGGAAUUGUUCAAAGUGUCUGAGCUGGUUGAGGUGAGACGCAUUGAUGGGUUUGGGUUGGAUACGGAAGUGGUUUUUAGGAAGAAGUAGGAAAAGGAAACAAAUUUAGUUAUUGUGAUCCUAUUUUCAUUAGGUUUUUAACAUGUUAAAUAAUUCUUUAUUUAUUUCGACA